CAAGAAGACUCCCCAAGCCAGAGAGGUCGGCGAGGUCUACUCCGAUAGGAGAUAUCCGUCCUAACAAAAAUGACUAUCCAAACCUUUUUGUCCUUCCGCCCUACAGAGCCAAUGUCGUCCUGACACUUGUGCAUUUUUGACCAACUGACGCACUUUAUGACUCCCGGGAGCAGACUUCUACACCUCAAUGAGGGCAACAAUCUCGGGUCGCAGUCUUGUGCGCGGACUCGCAUCCGGAGAACUCUUGGUCUCGAAUGUAGCGCUGAGUUGUUGGGGCGGCGUUGAGGUUGAGACAGGAAUGAUCGUGGAUCAGCACCAUCCUCUCAAAGGCGAAUGCAUCACCGGUCGAAUCCUGGCUAUACCAUGUGGCCGAGGCUCGUGCACAGGCAGCGGUAUUAUUCUGGAGUUACUCUUAGGUAAUCGUGGACCUGCAGCCCUGGUCUUCCAGUAUGUCGAGGAGAUUAUGACAUUGGGCGUUAUGGUCGCGAAAGCAAUAUUUUCGCUAUCCAUUCCAGUCAUAGUAUUGUCUGAGACGGACUUCUCGAGCCUGCAGAGUGGACAGAGGGCCAUUGUGCGAAAUACAGAGCUUAUUGUCGGGCAAAAUUUCGCCAUCCUCGAGAGCCCGUCACCAUCAACAAUGUUACCACGGGUUGUUAAGCUCAGCAACAAAGAUGAACGCAUGUUCAGUGGUGCUUGUGGGGCCGCUGUCAGAUUGGCCAUGGAGAUACUCGUUGAUGUGGCUGAGAUGCAAGGCGCUGAGGCCCUCCUCGACGUAUCACAAGCUCAUAUCGAUGCAUGCAUCUACGUUGGCCCUGCAAGUCUGGAAUUUGCUGAGAGAUUCUUAUCGUUGGGCGCAAGGUUCGCAGUCCCAACCACGUUGAAUUCGAUAUCCAUUGACCAACGUCGCUGGCGGGAGCUUGGUAUGGACCCUACCCUCGGCAGAGAAGCGGAAAAGCUGUCACAAACUUACAUGUCCAUGGGAGCAAUCAUGAGCUUUACGUGUGCACCCUACAUGCUUGAGACUGCACCGAAAAGGGGCGAGAAUAUUGGCUGGGCAGAAUCGAACGCGGUAGUCUUUGCCAACAGCGUGUUGGGAGCCAGAACCCAGAAAUACCCCGACUUCCUAGACGUCUGCAUCGCUCUCACCGGACGUGCACCGGCCGCUGGAUGUCACCUGGAACACUACCGUUUGCCAACAAUAGAGAUCAAGGUUGGGGAGUUUUUCGACGUCGACGACACAUUCUAUCCACUUCUGGGCUACCAUGUCGGCACACUGUCAGGGCCCAACAUCCCUGUUAUACGCGGACUAGAACAUCUCGGUCCUAGCAUAUCACAAUCAGACCUGAAGGCGUUCGGGGCAGCUUUCGCCACAACAUCGUCGGCGCCCAUGUUUCACAUACAGGGCGUCACUCCCGAGGCAAGCAACGACAUGUGUAAGCGAAGAACAGAGGAUGACAGAUUGCCUUGCUAUGAAGUCGGCCGGGACGAGUUGCGCGAUUGCUGGCGUCAACUCAACACCGCCACGACUUCGGCGGUGACGCUCGUGUCGCUCGGCAACCCUCAUUUUGCGCUGGACGAGUUUGCGACCCUGGCGAAGCUGUGCGCGGGUCGACGCAAACACGCCGACGUCCAAGUUAUCAUCACCACGAGUCGCGCCGUCCAACAACAAGCAAGUCGGGCCGGACACCUCGACGUCAUCGUCGAGGAAUUCGGCGCAAAGCUCGUCACCGACACGUGCUGGUGCAUGCUGGGCGAGCCCGUGGUGCCCGUCGACGCAGAGAACAUCAUGACCAACUCGGGAAAAUACGCCCACUACGCACCUGGGAUGCUGCGUCGUGGGGUCCACUUCGCGAGCUUGUCGAGGUGCGUCGACGCCGCUUGCAAGGGGGAAGUAAAGAGUGGUUUGCCCGAGUGGCUAGCCGACCCUCCUCUAGUACUGAAUUACGCUGAUUAA